AUUAAGGCUGUCCUGUCCACAAAAGGUGCUAGUAUUACUGGAUUGCUCGACUGCUUCCCAAUUCGCACUUUGCAUUAAAAUGUUUUCAAAAUUCCAAAAGGCAACAGAUAAGGCCAUGGUAUUUCUACAAAACAAGGCGCUUUCCACUGUUUAUAUUCCUAAGCAGAAACUACAUAUGGCUAUGAACACAACUUCUCCUAAAGUGCAGCUUCUCUUUGAUCUCUGCAAAAACUCUUUUACACCAUUAGGGUUGCCUUCUGCUUCUCCCCAACCCAUCCACAAACUCUGCUCUCUUCUGGACACAUUUGGCCCUGCUGAUGUUGGUCUUAAAGAAGAAAGUCCAGAUGAUGAUCGAGGGCAUGGAUUUUUUGGACUGAAUAGAGUGGCUCGAUGGGCUCAACCAAUAACAUAUUUGGAUAUUUACGAAUGUGAUAGUUUUACGAUGUGUGUAUUCUGCUUUCCUACUUCAUCGGUUAUUCCACUACAUGACCAUCCUGGGAUGACUGUAUUCAGCAAAGUUCUUUAUGGCUCUAUGCAUGUGAAAGCUUAUGACUGGGUUGAGCCUGUAUGUAUUAAGGAAAGCAGGGAGCCAGGCUAUCCGCAAGUAAGGUUAGCAAGGUUGGCGGUGGAUAAAGUUUCUACUGCACCAUGUGGGACCUCUGUUUUAUACCCAAAAACUGGGGGGAAUUUGCAUUGUUUUACUGCAGUCACCCCUUGUGCUGUGCUUGAUGUACUUGCUCCUCCUUAUAGAGAAGAUAUAGGUCGCAAAUGCACUUACUACAUUGACUACCCGUAUUCCACCUUUGGAAAUGGAACUGAGAUAAGCAAUGGAAAGGAAGAGGACUAUGCAUGGCUUGCAGAGAUAGAAACACCAGAUGAUCUAUAUAUGCGCGAGGGAGUAUAUGUUGGCCCAGCUAUUCAGGUUUAGCUCUUGAUAUUGCUCUUUGGCAUGAUUGGUAGUGAAUACGGUGUUUGCUCUUUGUCUUGAUCAAUGUAAGCUUGAGAACGUUUUCAUGACAAUUGAUCAUUAUGGCCUUACCAUAUACAAAUGAGAAUACUGAUUCCAUAAGCUCGAUACAUGGCUCUGCCCUUUGAUGAACAGAAUACAUAUACUUGAAACCAAAAAUGUUACACAAAAUCAUAUAAUCUGAAGUUUAUAGUAGGUUGAAUGUCCCUAAGUUUUUUGGUUACAGCAGUCUGGUAAAUAUAAUUGGAAGCCUUUUUGUAAUUCUAUCCUAAGUACUCGGAAUAUAUUGCUGCGUGGUCUGUAAUCAGAAAGUGAUGGGUUAGCGUAAGGGGAAUUGGGCAACUUUAGCAUUAUCCUUGACUGAGAAGAUUCAUAACUCAGCGAACAAAACUGUGUAACAAAUCUCAACCUCUUGCAAUCUAGUCAACUGUCCAAGUUGGAGCUUUGGGCAAAAGAAGAUUGAAAAAAGAACCCCCUAA